AUGGCUGAAGCAUUAGUCACUAUUGCUGCUGAGGGAACAUUGAAAAAGGUGUUGUCUAUUGCUGCGGGUGAACUCGCCAUUGCAUGGGGUUACGAAGAAAAGCUGACCAGCCUUCACAGAACAUUAGACCUGAUUCGUGCCAAGUUACGUGAUGCGGAGCAAAAAAAGGAAUCAGAGGUUGUGAUGGUGUGGCUGAAGCAGCUAAAAGAUGUAGUGGGUGAAGCUGAUGAUGUGUUGGAUGAGGUUGAUUACGAAAUGCUGAGGCGUCAAAUAAAGAAACCAGAUCGGAUAACAAGGAAGGUAAUGUGCCUUCCAAGCUUGAAAAGGUUCUCCUUUCGUAAUAAAAUAGGUCAUAAAAUCCAAAACAUCAAUGAAAAGUUACUUAAGAUCAAUAUAGAAGCAAACAGUUUAGGACUACAAAAUGAACACCCUGCAGGCCCUGUUCUAGAUCGUCUAUAUUGGAGAGAGACUGUUCCAAAUCAAGAAGAAUUUAAAAUUGUUGGGAGGGAUAAUGAUAAACUCCAUAUCAUUGAACUUUUAACCCAAUCAAGAAAAGAAGAAAAACUUAGCAUUGUUCCCAUUGUGGGAAUGGGCGGGAUCGGGAAGACCACUUUGGCUAAGUCGGUCUACAAUGAUAAAAAGAUCGAGCAACAUUUUGAUGUUAAAGCAUGGUUGUGUGUGUCGAUUAAGGUUGACAUAAAUACACUUCUUGCCAAGAUCUAUGAAUCUCUUGCCAAAAAGAAACCUACCUCGGACUUAAGGACCAAUUUAAUUGAAAGUCUUAAAGAGCAGUUGGCAUCAAAAAGAUAUUUGCUCGUCUUGGAUGACGUUUGGGUCGAAGAGAGGCCAUAUUGGGAAGAGUUUAGGAGUUGUAUGUUAAAUGUAAGCUCACAAAAUGGAAGUGGCAUUCUUGUCACUACACGGAAGCUUGAAAUCGGAACUCAUGAUAUGCACGUGGAUUCAUGUCUUUUAAAAGGUCUUUCUAAUGAUCAUUGUUGGCACAUCUUCAAAGAAAGAGCGUUUGUGAAAGGAACAUCAGCAUCGCCAGAACUGGUGAAGAUAGGCCGCGACAUUGUAGAAAAGUGUGGUGGUUUACCAUUGUUAUUAAAUGUAAUAGGUGGUAUGUUGGCAAAUUACAACGACAUAGAGAAGUGGCUGUACAUAAAAAAUAGCAAGGUUUGGGAUCUGGAAGAAGAAAGGGAUAGAGUACAAAAGAGUUUGGAACUGAGCUUUGAUAAUCUCACGAAUUCUGUCAAGCAAUGCUUUGUGUAUUGUUCCAUCUUUAAGAAAGAUACGGUCAUGGAAAGGGAAGAACUGGUCCAACUUUGGAUGGCUUUAGGGUUGGUUCAAGCAGAUGAGGAAAGAAACAAGGAGAUGGAGGAUGUGGGGAAUGAUAUUUUUCAAAUUUUGGUCAGCAAUUCGUUGUUCCAAGAUGUUAAAAGGGAUGAGUAUGGUCAUAUUACUCGUUGUAGCAUGCAUGAUCUGGUGCAUGAUCUUUCAUUAUCACUUUCAAAACAUGAAAGCUUAUGUCUGGAGGAUGCGUCAAAUGAUGAUCUUGCAUGUAUCCCUCAGGUUAAACAUCUUGCUUUUUACAAAGAAAAGAACUAUAAAUUGGCAGCAGAGGUUUCUAUGUUCAUUGAAAGGAAUACAGUGGCUCGAACUUUGCGUACAUUGUUCAUCGAAGGUGAAGUUGAUAAGAAAUUUCCAUUUCAACGAUUAAAAUGCAUACGAAUCCUACAAGUCAAAUGUUAUACAAUAGAGAAGUUAGACGAUUCAAUUGGAAGGUUGGUGCAUCUCAGGUAUUUGGAUUUGACAUAUACGAGUAUCCGUGUUCUUCCUAAAUCUAUUGGUAAAUUAUACCACUUGCAAACUCUGAAGUUGCCUGACAUUAAGAAGUUUCCAGAAGCCAUGAGAAAUUUGAUAAGCCUACGAUAUUUCCAGCGUCACAAAGAAAAUGUCAGGAGGCCUUGGUUGGACAUGCGUUUCGAGUGUGACAAAUACAUUCCUGCCAAUAUCAUAGGACAAAUGACUUCUCUUCAAACUUUGCCUUCCUUCAUAGUGCUUAGAAGGAAGAGACAUGGUAUAGAAGAGCUAUGCCGUUUGAAUAACCUUAGUGGAAGCCUCUUUAUUUCACAUCUAGAGAAUGUUAGUAGCAAAGAGAAUGCUUUCAAGGCAGACUUAUCUAGAAAGAAAAAUCUAUACGAGAUCGAAUUCGAAUGGAGUUGGAACCGUGGAGGUGCCAACAUAAACGACAAGGAUGUAUUGGAAGGCUUGCAACCCCCUAGAAAUUUAAAAAAUUUGAAAAUUACAAAUUUUUGUGGUGAUAAUUUUCCAGAUUGGGUGAUGAAGAUGGCAAUCGAUAUCGAAGGGAAAUGGACCCCCCUUGACAAGCUCACGGAGAUCACAUUAUUUCGAUGUUGCAACUGCCUCUCUUUUCCGACGCUUGAGCACCUACCACAUCUUCGGGGUCUUGAUUUAUACGAAAUGGACAACUUGACAUGCUUAAGGGUUUCCGAUGUUACUGGAUCAACAAAGCCUUUGUCUCCAUCGUUGAGAUCGCUCCGACUAAGAAAUAUGAAAAGAUUGGAAAAUUGGAUAGAUGGAGCACCCAACAGCUCAAAAAUGAUAUCGCCUGUCCUCGAGACAUUGGAAAUCAAGAGUUGCGCAAAGAUUAUUCUUUUAGAUGAAUGUCAUCCCCAUCCUCUUGUGUCCUUAAGGAUAUGGAGCUGCACAGGUUUGGAGUACAUUAAGAGCAUACAAGGCCUCACAUCUCUUAAAUCUUUAGUAAUCGACCAUUGUCCAAGUCUUUCAUUAAUAGCCAAUUUGCCCAAACAGUGUCAUUCUUUGAAGAGUUUGCGAAUUGGCUAUUGCGAGAAGCUGACUUCCUUGCCUUGUGAAAUGUUUAAUUGUUUUGCCUUCUUAAAUAAGUUGGAACUUGGUCCAUUCUCGAAGGAGCUGGAUUCUUUCCCGAGUCUCCAAGGCAUCGAGAAGUUAAGGAACCACCUUGACUACUUGAACCUCAGAGGUUGGGAUCAUUGGGAGUCAAUUCCAGAAGAAAUACAACACCUCACUUCACUCACUUCGUUAGUCAUAAGUGGAUUCGGAAUGCGAGAAAUGCCCGUGUGGUUAACCAACAUGUCAUCUACCCAACAUUUAUGUUUCCAUGAUUACAACGGGCUAAAGAAACAUGAGUUUCAAUAA